UCUCUCUCUCUCUCUCUCUCUCUGCUCUCUGUGUCUGUCUGUCUGUUUCCUUCCUCCAGUCCCUCCACUCAUCCAUCCACCCCCUCCUCCCAAUCCCCAAUCUCCUCUCCUCCCCUCCCCUCCCCUCCACAUACCAUUUCACUUUUCCUUUCCUCUCUUUUUCUUUUUCUUUCUCUCUCUCUCUCUGUCUUUUUUACUUUUCCCUUUUCUUCUUAUUCCAUUUUUUUUUAUUCUAUUCUAUUCUAUUAUUUUUCUUGCUUUUUCCCUUUUUCGGUUUUCGUGUGUUUCUUUCUUUUUCUUUUUCUUUUGUUUUUCUUUUUUCUUCUUCUCCACCAUCCGCCCCUCUCUUGCUGGCUCUUGCUGCGGCCCCAUCGCCGGGUCCGUCUGCCUGGCCCUUCCUCUCUUAUCUCCUCCCGAAAUCCCCAUCCAUGCCAGCCUAGGCUCGCUCCGGAUCUUGUCUAGUGAAUCGUUAACUUCUUUGGACGCUCUUUCCCUGAGGAAUCGCUCCCGUCCCCACCAACCACAAGCUGUUUUCUCCAAAUGCACUGACUUCGGGCGAAUCCGAUCCACUCCAGGCGGUGUCUGCUUGCUGCUCCUGCUAUCACUAUUACCACUACUACUUCUACUACUACUACUUACUUACUUACUUACACUCCGCAGCUCUUCAUGAUCUCCUCCUACUUACUACUACUUGCUGCAAACUACAACUACUGCCACUACUGCUCCUCCUCCUCCUCCUCUUCCUCCUCCUCUUCCUCCUCCUUCUCCCUUUCUUCCCUUCUAACCUGCCCGGUACUUGCCAUUACUGUUUCUUAUUCCAG